GUAACAUACUCACCCAAUGAAUCGUCAGAUUCUCAUCGGCUUCGCCACAUGGCUCCUGGCAACAUGUCCUGGAUCCAGUUGCCACAGCAUCGGCAGUGUGAACAGCAUCAGCAGCAUUAAUGUGAAUAAUGCCACGCAGAAUCUUCCCGAGGUUCGGGGCAACAAGUUCCUUUACUUUGGCUUCGGAAGCAACAUGCUAGCCAAAAGAAUUCACAUCCAGAACCCUACUGCAGUAAGGAUUGGGCCCGUCCUGCUGGAGGGAUAUCGUCUUGACUUCGCCUUUGAGUCGGAACGCUGGGACGGAGCAGUGGCGACCAUUGUGCCCACUCCGGGAGAUAGUCUCUGGGGUACUCUCUGGGAGAUCGACCUCAGCAACCUGCCUGAUAUUGACAACCAAGAAGGCGUACAUUUGGGCAUCUAUGAGCCGCGUACCGUCUACGUAAAACGUCCAAAUGCAUCAGAAUCGAUCCCAGCCCGUGCCUAUUUGCUGAUCCAGCAACCGGAGACCAAUCUCUACGAGUUGUCCCAAGAGUCCGUUCCUGCUUCCCGGCAGCCAUCGAAAACCUAUCUCCAGUGUCUGGUCCAGGGGGCCAUCGAGAGUUCCAUUCCGGAGGAAUACGUGCAGCGGUUGAGGGGCAUCAGACACAACAAUCGAGUGGCCAGUAAGCUGGAGCAAGACCUGGAGCUGAAAGAUGUCCAAUUGUGAAUAAGUAGCAUAUGGAUAAUAAAAGAACCGAUGAGACGC